CACCAGCUUGCCGGAUAUAAGCUGUCAAGUACGCCCAGCUUGUCUCUCCCUACUUUGCUUGGAGACGGUGCUGCAGUCCCUUGUUAUUCGUAGAUGGGCCUUGACACAGGCAAUGAGAAGCCUACCGGCGCCAUGGCCAAUGAGCACACGCCGCUGAUCCAAACCGUCGAGGUGCGGCCGUACGUGCGCGACCGCUACCCUCACCACCGCCUGCGCUUCUGGUGCACCUCAGUCCUCUCCACGCUGGUCUUGGCCGGAGGCUUGGUUGCUAUCAUCCUCUUCAGCUUCGGCCAGAACCCCGACACCGAUCUACCGGCCGCGUUCGAUCGUGCGCACUCGCAAAAGAUUGCCGAAGCGUGGUCGCGUCGCUCAAGCCUGGACUACGAUGACCUGCAGACAAUCCUACUCGAGACCCCUGACGCGGAGAAGGUCCGCGAGUGGAGCGAAUACUACACGAGCGGCCCACACCUGGCUGGCAAGAACCUGACGCAGGCGUUAUGGACGAAGGAGCGCUGGCAGGAGUUUGGAAUCGAGAGCACUAUUGUCGACUACGACGUCUACAUCAACUACCCCAAGGGCCACCGCCUGGCACUGCUCAACGAAGACAAGGUCGAAUUUGAGGCUCGAUUGGAGGAGAAUGUUCUGAAGGAAGACAAGGCAAGCCAGUCUGCGGACAGAAUACCGACCUUCCAUGGCUACAGCGCCUCGGGCAACGUCACGGCUGGCUACGUAUUUGUCAACUACGGCACGUACCAAGACUUCGAAGAUCUGAAAGCUGCCAAUAUUAAACUGAAGGGGAAGAUCGCGCUGGCUAAGUACGGCGGCAUCUUUCGUGGUCUGAAGGUCAAGCGUGCGCAGGAGUUCGGCAUGAUCGGCGUAGUCAUGUACGGUGACCCUGGUGAUGACGGCGAGGUCACCGAGAAGAACGGCUACGAAACAUACCCCGACGGCCCUGCAAGAGAGCCCAGCAGCGUCCAGCGAGGCAGUGUCCAGUUCUUGAGCUUCGCCCCUGGUGACCCUACAACUCCAGGCUACCCCUCGAAGCCAAACGUGCCACGGCUGCCCGUGGAUCAUGCCAUCCCCUCCAUCCCCUCCCUGCCGAUUUCGUAUGAGGACGCUCUUCCUCUACUCAAAGCUCUAAACGGACAUGGACCCAAGGCGGCAUCCUUCAGCAAAUCCUGGCACGGAGGAGGUCUUGAUUACAAGGGCGUUGAAUACAACAUUGGGCCAUCUCCUGAAGGACUUACAUUGAACCUUGUCAACGAACAAGAGUACGUCACAACACCUCUUUGGAACGUCAUUGGCGUCAUCAACGGCACCAUUCCCGACGAGGUCAUCGUGCUUGGCAACCACCGCGACGCUUGGAUCGCAGGCGGCGCAGGGGAUCCCAACAGCGGCUCAGCGGCUUUCAACGAAGUCAUCCGCAGCUUUGGUAUUGCCCUCCAAGCUGGCUGGAAGCCACUACGAACCAUUGUCUUCGCUAGCUGGGAUGGUGAGGAAUAUGGCCUGAUUGGCAGCACCGAAUGGGUCGAGGAGUACCUUCCUUGGCUCUCUGCCUCCGCCGUCGCCUACCUUAACGUCGACGUUGGUGCACGCGGGUCCGAAUACAAGCUCUCUGCUGCUCCGCUGCUGAGCAAGGUCGUUCAGGAAGUGCUUCCCCUAGUCAGAUCCCCCAACCAGACCGUCCCUGGCCAGUCCAUCUUUGACACCUGGGAUAAGCACAUCGCUACCAUGGGCUCUGGCUCUGACUUCACCGCCUUCCAAGACUUCGCAGGCAUUCCAUCCAUCGACACGGGCUUUGGCGCAGGACCCAAAGAUGCUGUGUACCACUACCAUAGCAACUACGACUCUUUUGACUGGAUGAACCGAUUUGGUGACCCGGGAUUUCAAUAUCACGUUACCAUCGCACGUAUCUGGGCGCUUGUCGCAGCGAAGCUAGUCGAGACGCCUGUGCUGCAACUCAGCGCUGCAGACUACGCAACAGGAUUGAACAAGUACAUUGACUCUGUCAAGCAGAAAGCCCACGAUGCCAAGUUCGAAGUCGACGAAGACGUGUUCGCUCCCCUCAAUCACGCGGCCAGCCACUUCCAGUUCGCAGCGACUGUCCACGAUGGCGUCGCUGCCCAGCUCCUUGACGAUUACUAUCACCUCGAUAUUCCGUGGUGGAAACCGUGGCUGAAAGUCAGGUUGCUGCUUGCCAUACGCAACACAAACACAAAGUACAAGCUCUUGGAGAGGCAGUUCCUUCAUUCUGAAGGUUUGGAUGACAGACCUUGGUUCAAGCACAUAGUGUUCGCACCAGGCAAGUGGACCGGGUAUGCUGGCGCGACGUUCCCUGGGAUCGUGGAGGGUGUGGACGAGGAGGACGAUACGAAGGUCAGGAAGUGGAUUGGAAUUGCAGCGAAGAUCCUCGACGGCGCUGCAGAUUUCUUGGAGAAGGAGUAAGUAGCACCGCGCUAUCAUAGUCUCGUAUUGGAUCUCAAGUUCUGUCAACCCGGAGCACCUCACAUGAUGUCGACGCAGCAUAGACCGCAGGAACCUUGACCAUGGAGCGCAUCAAUAUGAUACAGUACUAUACAAAACGCAGCAAAGGGUAUCGUAAC